AUGAACAGAGCAGCGUUCAGACAGGCACUGCGAAUCGUUUUCCCAGGCGUAAUUCUCGGACUCCUGGGAUAUGGCACCUACGCAUAUUGCUACAUUCUCUGCUGGAACCUCUACCACCACAUGGGCUACCGGGCAGGGCUGGCUCUCCUGAUUGUCUAUUGCAUUCUCAAGACACUGGUUUUCAUCUACUGGGCCGCCGUCGUCAUUGUUGGCCCUGGAAAGGUGACUGGAGUGUCACCUUUGCAAAUUUUCAUUCCAGGAUCAGAAGUGGUGGACGAAAAGGCUCAGGCUAUAGUAUCAAGGCAGAUCAACCCCAAGCUGCCAGAUACUUACAUCUGCGAUGGUUGGGGAAUGCCCAAAUGGUGCUCAGAAUGCCAGACACACAAACCGGACCGAACACACCACUCGGCUAUUGUGGGACACUGUGUCCCCAAGAUGGACCACAUGUGUUUCUGGGUGGGCACAGUGAUCGGACAACACAACUACAAGAUCUUCCUACAGUACACGACCUUGUUCUCGACAUACUUGAUCUACACAUUGGUGACGACAGCUGUUUUCACCCCUAGAAUGGGCCAAUACAGACGCGACAGGGGCGCGCCUGACUCUAUUCCUAACGGAAACAUCAUAGCUCUUCUGAUUCUCACAGGUGCCUGGGCCGCAUUCUGCACCUCUGUGUGUCUCCAGAGCUUCUGGGGAGUGUGUCGGAACCUUACCGCCAUGGAGGGUCUCGGAAGAAAACAGGGAGACAUGGUUCUAGUCAACUUCAGAUAUGAAGGCAAGAGAAUCAUCCAACCUCUGCGAGAAGAGGACCCGCUGCCGUUCGACCAAGGCUUUGCAAAGAACUGGAGACAGGUUUUUGGAACCAACCCACUCAUUUGGUUCCUUCCCUUUCCAGUCGUACCUGCUGCAGAAGACUACUUUUCCAAUGCUUACGGACAGAAGUUCCUUGAGCGCAUUCCAGCCAGGUGGCUGGAGGGUGACGGACGGGAAAUGGCAGCGGUUUAG